CCGACGACUGGCGCCAGAAACUGUCGGUACGUCGCCUGGCUGCCGCGACAUUUCAUACCGCGCACAGCGCUCGUCUCCAGCAGAGCCUCAUAUUUGUCUGGUCGUAUAGCGUCUCGUCGCGAUACGUUAAAGAUGGAUACAGGAGGAUAUCGUGGUGUAUACCGCUUUGCUAGCUGUUCGUUCGAGUCGGGGAUACCAUUUGGAUGCUCCAAAGCCGAGCAGCAUUGGCCUGUUCGCUCUUCCGCUUGGACCCACGCCGGCGCCACGACGUCAGCGUAUGGCUGCAGCACGGCGCCUAGUCUGAGACCAGCGCCUACAGACUCUACACGCAGCUCGAUGGAGCACAGCGUCCCUGUGACGCCAACUACUCCCUCCCAGGCGUCUCCUGCAUUUCCCCUGACGCCGCAGCAACAGGCGCCAAGGUCAUUUCAGCCAUGGAUGACAGAUGCCCCUAUGUCGUCUUCGUUUGCACCGCCUUUGUUAUCUUCACCAUGGUACACGCCUGCGCCUGCUGCGGCUCUCGGUCAUAGCCAACCGGCGUUUGAAACGUCUUCCGCUUACCAGCCAUCGUUCCUUGCUGAACGUCGCCCGACGGUGUCGGUGUCGACGCAUUUCUCUCUGCCGCCAACGCCGCCGAAGGAAAGUGCGACGGAAGAUGUGAGCAAAUCGCCAGACUAUGUAUUUCAAUUCAACAGGGAGUCGUUUCGGCCGCCGAGAGAUUACACGACCGACGCUCAUACAACAAACAUCGGUCCGGCAUUGCCGAGUCUUCCCAGACCUUAUCCAUUUCCGCCACCUCUCACCAGUAUGGUACCUUCAGCAUUCACUCAUUUAGCAAACAGUGCUCGACCGGACGUCGUUGACGGGAAAUCUAAAAUACGGAUUGUAAACGAUAACAGAGAAUGCAGUAAUUGUAAGGCAAAUGAGACUCCAUUGUGGCGAAGAGACACUGCUGGCAAGUACCUUUGCAACGCCUGUGGAAUAUACCACAAACUAAACGGCGCGCACAGACCUACUGAGAAGCCCAGACGCAAGCUGAGCAAUGCUAGACGCACAGAUCUGGUCUGUUCCAACUGCUCGACAACUGUAACAACGUUGUGGAGGCGCAAUGAACAAGGAGACCCUGUUUGCAAUCCGUGCGGCCUUUACUUCAAGUUGCACAAAGUAAAUCGUCCGUUGAGCUUGAAGAAAGACACAAUCCAACCUCGCAACAGGAAGAAAAACAAGAAGUCUGAUGGCUCCCACAUUGGUGUUGGAAAGAAGACUGAUAUUCCUCCUGUAGUCGACAUUUCCUCAUCUUUUCCAAUGGCUCACAUUCCAGUUGCUCCGCCCAACGUACUGAUUGGACCUAUGUAUGCUGGCCUAACUAACUCGUUUCACUCUUAUGAUUAGUUAAGAGUUUUGCAUAGAAUAGGUUUUCUGUAAGCAUCACGUUUUGUAUGAAA